AAUAAACCUACAAACCAAGAGCCAAAGAUGAUGGCAAUAUUGUUACCUUAUCUCUUUCUUGUUAUUGGUGUCCCUCUACUAUUCAUGCUUGCUCUUCCUAAACUUCUCCGUAACAAUAGAUCAAAGCUGCCACAUCCACCUGGUCCCCGGGGACUUCCGUUUAUCGGAAACUUGCAUCAGCUUGACAUCUCUGUCCUUCCACACAAUCUAUGGACACUAGCAAAAAUAUACGGCCCAAUCUUGUAUCUCAGGCUUGGCUAUUUACCAGCUAUUAUAGUCUCGUCACCAGAAAUGGCUAAGCAAUUGCUGAAAAACCAUGAUUUAAUAUUCUGUAGCAGGCCUAAUUUCACAGGAUUAAGAAAAGUUUCGUACAAUGGCACUGAUAUUGCAUUCGCUCCGUACAAUGAUUAUUGGAAGGAAAUGAGAAAGAUUCUUACUGUUCAUGUUUUUAGUUCGAGAAGACUACGUUCCUUCCGUUCAAUUCGCGAAGAAGAGGUUUUUCAGAUGAUUAAAGGAAUUUCUGAAAAGGCUUCGGAGAAUGAAGUCUUGAAUUUGAGUGAAAUUAUGAUGCCACUUACAAACAGUAUAACUUGUAGGCUUGCGUUCGGGAAGAAGUUUGAUGAGGUGCACAUGAAAAGAUUUGAGGGUCUGCUUAAGAGAUUAGGGGUUGUGAUGGCAACUUUUUACUUUAUGGACCAUUUUCCUCUGUUCGGAUGGCUGGAUAGGUUCACUGGCUCUGCUGCGCGGCUGGAAAGAAGUUUCAGUGACAUGGAUUUGUUCUAUCAAGAACUCAUCGACGAACAUCUCAGCCCGAAUAGGCCAAGUUCGAUGGAGGGUGAUGUUAUUGACAUCUUACUUCAGUUGAAAAAAGAUGGCGAGACAUCUUCAAUAGAUUUCACCUUUAAUAACAUCAAAGCAGUUAUAAUGAACUUAUUUUUUGCUGGAACGGAGUCAACAGCGAACACAAUAGUAUGGAUCAUGACAAUCCUGGUGAAAAACCCGCGAGUGAUGCAGAAAGCACAAGAAGAAGUGAGGACUAUAAUGCAUGGAAAAGAGAGAAUAUACGAAGAGGAUCUUCAAACUCUAAAGCUUCCUUAUCUCGAAGCAGUUAUCAAGGAAGCUAUGAGAAUCUUCCCCAUUCUUCCUCUUAUUCCGCGGGAAUCAUUGGACAGGUUGGUCAUAAAUGGAUACGAAAUCGAACCUAAAACAAUCGUUUAUGUGAAUGUUCUGGCCAUUCAUAGGGAUCCCCAGGUUUGGGAAAAUCCUAAUGAGUUUUUUCCAGAGAGAUUCCUGGAAAAUGACAUUCAAUAUAAAGGACAUGAUUUCGAAUACAUUCCCUUUGGAAGCGGUCGCAGAAUUUGCCCCGGAAUGAAUAUGGCGGUUAUGACCCUGGAGCUUGUGAUUUCAAAUCUUUUAUUUUCAUUUGAUUGGGAGCUGCCUCCGGGGAUAAAGAAGGAAGAUAUCGACAUAGAAGAUGGCCAUGUUGAGGGCUAUGGUGUAACUUUGCAUAAGAAAUACCCACUUCGCCUUCAGCCCAAAAAUUAUUUCUAGUACUGUGUAUCUAAUUCAGCUAAACAACAAAUAUUCGAGAUUUUAUUUAUUUAAAUUG